AUGCUUGAAAUGCAAAGUGAAGAAAUUGUAGAUAUUACAGCUCAAAAUCUUAUAUCAACCACUUUUUCAAAUAGUCAAAUAAUGGUUAUUUGUAUUUCUGAUGUUAUGGCUCGUACUUGGAUUAAAUUAGAAUAUUUUGAAAUUGAUCUUUCAUUUAAAAGAGUUCAAGGUAAUAUUAAUGAGUUUGAAGUUAAUAGCUAUAAUUCACAAUAUAAUAUGAGUUUAACUAAUACUCAAGUCUUUACAAAUAUUGCUGAUGCAAUUUCUUAUGAAAGAAUGUUUAGUUGGAAAUGUAUUUUAAGUGAUUUAGAUCAAGCACAAGCAAAAGGAUUAGGAAUGGCUUUGCAUAAAAUCCAUAAUACUCUUACCUGGGAAGAGCAUUUAUUAAACGUUAAAAAUAAUAAAUAUUUAUAUGAUAUUAAAGCAUUAAUAUAUGAAUUUCCUAAUGCGAAUAAUACUGAAAGAGUUGACCAAAUUUUUGAAGAAUUGAAAGUAUUUGAUGAGCCAAAUAUUAAAGAUUGGAUCAUAUUCUAUUCAAAAUCCUGGGUGCGUGCUUCUCUAAACAAAAUGUAUUCAUUUAUGGAUCCAGAUAUUUGGAAUAAAGCUCCUGAUAACACUAAUGUAGCAGAAUCAUGUCAUGCAAAUUCAAACUGUGGUGGAAAAUCAUUAUUUUUGCUAUCAGCUAUUUUAAAAGCUAAAAAUUAUGAUGAAAGACAUUUUGUUUCCUGUGUUGUAGCACGAGAAAAACAAUCUUCUAAACGAAAUGUUACUAAAGUUACUAAGAAACCAAUCAAAAAAACAAAAACCAAGGCUCCAAUAAAAGUAUUACAACCUGAAGCUAAAAAAACAAAAAUAAUUGAUUUGACAGAAGAUAAUAUUGAUUUUGAAAUGGAAGAACGUCGAUUAUUAUUAAGAGAACGGCAAUUAGAAAUUGAAGAACGCGAAUUGAAACUUGAACGCGAAAAAUUAGAAUUACAAAAAUUAAAGCAUGAUUUUAAUAUCACUCAAUAA